CCUGUCCCUCCUCCUCUAUAGGUGGAGCUCUGACUCAUUCCAGGAAACAGCUCACCUGUGGCAAACACGUUUCUGACAGACGUGGAGUGGAGAGUCUUUGUCUUCAGCAGUUUGGAUGUUAACUGUGAAGGUAGAAAGUGUGUGUGACUGAUGUGGAUGUGACUUCAACAGCAUGGAUCAGUGUGAGGACAGAGAGGAGGGAGUGCCUCCCUCUAAACGCUCUCGGUGUGGGGAACAUGACAGCCAGACCAAAGCUCAGAGAACAAGGAGGCAGCACAGACCAGACUCUGCUGGACCUGAACCUGAACCUGAACCUGGACCUGAACCCAGCUGUGUGUCCUUCAAGAGUGACAACUCAAAGGAAUUUUUUAUUGAUUUUAAACGACAACAUUCAUCUGAUAAAAUAGUGGACCAGGAGAGCUCAGAGGUUCCCAGUGGUCAGUCUGCCCAGCAGGAUCAAACACACCUGGACUCCAUAUUUAUGCUUCUGGAGGAGAAGAUCGUCACUUUUGUGAAGAACGAGCUGAAGAAGAUGCAGAGGGUUCUGAGUUCAGAUUACCCAGAAUGCUUAGAGAGUCAGAGGGAGGAUGAGGAAGUGUUAGAUGGUGAGGAGGAGGAGCAGAGGAGGAGCAGCAGAGAGGCUUUUUUGAAGAUCACACUGCAUUUCCUGAGGAGAAUGAAGGAGGAGGAGCUGGCUGACCAUCUGCAGAGCAAAUCUCCUGUUAUGUGCCAACUUAACCUCAAGUCUAGCCUGAAGAAGAAGUUCCAGUGUGUGUUUGAGGGGAUUGCUAAAGCAGGAAACUCAACCCUUCUGACUCAGACCUACACAGAGCUCUACAUCAUAGAGGGAGGGACUGCAGAGGUCAAUAAUGAACAUGAGGUCAGACAGAUUGAAACAGCACCCAGGAAACCAGUCAGACCAGAAACAGCAAUCAGAAAAGAAGACAUCUUUAAAGCCUCACUUGGAAGAGAUGAACCAAUCAGAACAGUGAUGACAAAGGGAGUGGCUGGCAUUGGGAAAACAGUCUUAACACAGAAGUUCACUCUGGACUGGGCUGAAGACAAAGUCAACAAGGACAUACACUUCACAUUUCCAUUCACUUUCAGAGAGCUGAAUGUGCUGAAAGAGGAAAAGUACAGCUUGGUGGAACUUGUUCAUCACUUCUUUACUGAAACCAAAGAAGCAGGAAUCUGCAGGUUUGAAGAAUUCCAGGUUGUGUUCAUCUUUGACGGUCUGGAUGAGUGUCGACUUCCUCUGGACUUCCACAGCAAUGAGAUCCUGACUGAUGUUACAGAGUCCGCCUCAGUGGAUGUGCUGCUGACAAACCUCAUCAGGGGGAAACUGCUUCCUUCUGCUCGCAUCUGGAUAACCACACGACCUGCAGCAGCAAAUCAGAUCCCUCCUGUAUGUGUCAGCAUGGUGACAGAGAUCAGAGGGUUUAAUGACCCACAGAAGGAGGAGUAUUUCAGGAAGAGAUUCAGAGAUGAGGAGCAGGCCAGCAUAAUCAUCUCCCACAUCAAGACAUCGCGAAGCCUCCACAUCAUGUGCCAUAUCCCAGUCUUCUGCUGGAUCACUGCUACAGUUCUGGAGGAUGUGUUGAAAAGCAGAGAGGGAGGAGAGCUGCCCAAGACCCUGACUGAGAUGUACAUCUACUUCCUGGUGGUUCAGACCAAACUGAAGAAUGUCAAGUAUGAUGGAGGAGCUGAGACAGAUCCACACUGGAGUCCAGAGAGCAAGCAGAUGAUUCAGUCUCUGGGAAGACUGGCUUUUGAGCAGCUGCAGAAAGGCAACCUGAUCUUCUAUGAAUCAGACCUGAUAGAGUGUGGCAUUGAUAUCAGAGCAGCCUCAGUGUACUCAGGAGUGUUUACACAGGUCUUUAAAGAGGAGAGAGGGCUGUACCAGGACAGGGUGUUCUGCUUCGUCCAUCUGAGCGUUCAGGAGUUUCUGGCUGCUCUUCAUGUCCAUCUGACAUUCAUCAAGUCUGGAGUCAAACUGCUGACAGAAGAACAAACAACAUCCCAAAAGUCUGAAACUAAAGAAGAAUCUGCAGAGACAUGUUUCUACCAGAGUGCUGUGGACAAGGCUUUAGAGAGUCCAAAUGGACACCUGGACUUGUUCCUCCGCUUCCUCCUUGGCCUUUCACUGCAGACCAAUCAGAUUCUCCUACAAGGCCUGCUGACACAGGCAGGAAGAAACUCACAGACUAAUCAGGAAACAGUUAAGUACAUUAAGAAGAAGAUCAGUGAGAAUCUGUCUACAGAGAGAAGCAUCAAUCUGUUCCACUGUUUGAAUGAACUGAAGGAUCAUUCUCUAGUGGAGGAGAUCCAACAGUCCAUGAGAUCAGGAAGUCUCUCUACAGAUAAACUGUCUCCUGCUCAGUGGUCAGCUCUGGUCUUCAUCUUACUGUCAUCAGAAAAAGAUCUGGACGUGUUUGACCUGAAGAAAUACUCUGCUUCAGAGGAGGCUCUUCUGAGGGUGCUGCCAGUGGUCAAAGCCUCCAACAAAGCUCUACUGAGUGACUGUAACCUCUCAGAGAGAAGCUGUGCAGCUCUGUCCUCAGUUCUCAGCUCCCAGUCCUCUAGUCUGAGAGAGUUGGAUGUGAGUAACAACAACCUGCAGGAUUCAGGACUGAAGCAGCUGUCUGCUGGACUGGAGAGUCCACACUGUACACUGGAAACUCUCAGGCUGGCAGGAUGUCUGAUCACAGAGGAAGGCUGUGCUGCUCUGGCCUCAGCUCUGAGCUCAAACCCCUCCCAUCUGAGAAAGCUUGACCUGAGGUACAAUCAUCCAGGAGACUCAGGAGAGAAGUUGCUGUCCGCUAGACUGGAGGAUCCAAACUGCAGACUGGACACUCUCAGGCUGAGUGACUGUAACCUCUCAGAGAGAAGUUGUGAAGCUCUGUCAGUUCUCAUCUCCCAGUCCUCUAGUCUGAGAGAGCUGGAUAUGAGUAACAAUAACCUACAGGUUUCAGGAUCGAAGCUGCUGUCUCAUGGACUGGAGAGUUCACAAUCUACACUGGAAACUCUCAGGCUGUCAGGAUGUCUGAUCACAGAGGAAGGCUGUGCUUCUCUGGCCUCAGCUCUGAGCUCCAACCCCUCCCAUCUGAGAGAGCUUGACCUGAGCUACAAUCAUCCAGGAGACAAAGGAGAGAAGCUACUGUUUGCUGGACUGGACGAUCCACACUGGAGACUAGACACUCUCAGGCUGCAGCCUGCUGGAGUCCGAUGGUUGACACCAGGUCUGAGGAAGUAUUUCUGUGAACUCACACUGGAUCCAAACACAGCAAACACAAAACUCAAACUGUCUGACAACAACAGGAAGGUGACACAUGGGGAGGAGGUUCAGUCAUAUCCUGAUCAUCCAGACAGAUUUGAUUACUGGCCUCAGCUGCUGUGUAGCAAUGAUCUGACUGGUCGCUGUUACUGGGAGUUCGAGUGGAGAGGAGGGGUUCAUAUAGCAGUAAGUUACAGAAAUAUCAGAAGGGAAGGAAACAGUGAUGACUGUUUGUUUGGAAGGAAUGAUCAUUCCUGGAGUCUGUGCUGCUCUGACGGUGGUUACAAUGUCUGGCACAAUAACAAUGGAACAGUCAUCCCCUCUUCCUCCUCCCCCUCCUCCUCCUCCUCUGUGUAUAAAAGAGUAGCAGUGUAUGUGGACUGUCCUGCUGGCACUCUGUCCUUCUAUAGAGUGUCCUCUGACACACUGAUCCACCUCCACACCUUCAACACCACAUUCACUCAACGUCUGUAUCCUGGAUUUAGGUUCUGGUUUGGUCAAUCUGGUUCAGUAUCUCUGUGUUCUCUGUAGGGGGGAGAGUCUUCUCCUGUUGGAGAAACUUUCUCAUCUUAUUUAGUACCAACCUGAUCUCUCACUAGUUGUAAAUGUACACAAUAAACUGAUACAAUAAAAAGCUAGGGGGUCUGCACAUGCUCGAUUUUCUUUGUUUUGGAUCAGUCACAGAGGUCAGAUUAUCUGCUGUUGAGUGUUCUCUGUUUAGGGCCAAAUAACAUCCCAGUUUGCUCUGGUUUGUGGUUGAUUCUUUCCAAUGUGUCAGAUUGUUUGUUGGCUGAGGGGGCUUCACUCAGGGUCUCUGUAGGUGGGGGCUUUGUUAUGGAGCGUGUCAGGGUCACUUUCUUACAGGAGAUUAUACAUUAAAAUGUUAUAAAGGUUUUUAUGAUUAGAGGGUAUCAUCCUAAUUCUGCCCUGUUAUCUGGAGUUCUCUGUUGGACGCAGAGAAUGGAUUUGCAGAAUUCUUCAUGCAGAGUCUCAGUUUGGUGUUUCUCCUAUUUUGUAAAGUCUUGGUUGGGGAGUGAAUCCCCACCCCCCCAGACCUGCAACCAUAAAGGGAAGUAAGUUAUAUUACAGAGUCCAAUAUUUUAGUCCAGGUUUGAAUUUGGAUGUUCAACUUGAUGUUCCCUCUGAUGUAAAAAGACCUUCUUGUCUCUCAGGUUGUUCACAGAGAUGUCAAUAAUAAAUAAUUAUUUUUACAGAUGAUCAUCAGUACACUGAACAGUGUUUGUCCAGUUAUGAUGUAAGUAAAUCAUGUGUGGUAAUAUUAAAGCUAAAGAUGUUUUACAGUCUAUUAAUUGAUCGGACUGGUUAGUUCAUGUUAAUGUUUGACAGUCAUCCAUGAACUCCAGCUUUCAAACAUUCAAACAUUAGCUGAGUGUUUGUUUGUUCCUAUGAGGAAGUUUCAUGUCUUAAUCACACUUCAGCAUCUGAAUUUUACUCUGAGACUCAGUCCAACCAGACAGACUGCAUACUUUGAAAAUGAAGAAAUUAAGGUGUGUCAGCAGCCUGCACACACACACACACACACACGCAGAUGAAAGACGAGAAGCUGCAUCGGUUAAAUGAAUUUGAUGAAAAUGCAGCUUUAACUGAAGCACAAAGCUGUUUUUCUACACAGACCUGCUCAAGACUCAACAGAGCUGCAAAGUGAUGAAGUUCAUGGGAAAAAGUUCAGUAAGUGGAGUUUGAUUUCUCUACAUUAAAGGGACAUGGUUUUCUCUAGUUUGUGGAAUUACUAAUUAUUUCAGCUGGAGAAACUAAUUUAUGAUGAAUGUGUUAUUGUUGGAUGGAGUUUCUUUAAACCAUGUGGUGGUUUUAAACAGUCGUCAUUUCAAACAGAAAUAUCAGCUGAUAAACUUCCUCCUUAGAUGAGGAAAGAUGGCCGUCUGUUCAUUACAUUCAUAUUUCAGACGCUUUUGUUUUUCGUGUCUGUGUGAGAAGAAACUGAAGAGUCCAAAAGUCAGAUUUGUGUGAAUUAUUGAUUUGAAUUCUGACUUUGUGAUGUGUUCUGUAACAGAGGAUGAAGAUAAAUUAUUGAUGUGAAGAAAUAACUUUACAAAUAUUAUAAAAAGAUGUUUUAUUCCUGUCAGUUAAAUGUCUUAAAUCUCAUGAAUCUAAAUGUAACGUUCAGCUUCUCUUCACAUGAACGUCAUGAUGAAUUAUUUUUUCUAACAGCACACAGAUAAACACUGAGAAACCAUCAAUACAACAAUGAAUAUACAAAUACAUGAAGAAUAAAUGAGUGACAAACAUCCAUAAAGUGUCAUCAUGUUGUGAGUCUUCCUACCUGUCCCUCCUCCUCUACAGGUGGAGCUCUGACUCGUUCCAGGAAACAGCUCACCUGUGGAAAACACUUUUCUGACAGACAUGGAGUGGAGAGUCUUUGUCUUCAGCAGUUUAGAUGUUAACUGUAAGUUUGGUUUGUUUCAUAGUUGAACUUUCUCUUUAGUAACUUCAGGGUUUGUUUCUUGCGUACCUCUAUGUAACAGGAAGGAAGCUGAAGAAGUGUUGUUGGUGUGCAUGUUAUCUGUGGGAGAUAGGUAAAGAAUGCUUCAUUUGAUGAAGUUCCGUCUGAAUCCAAAGGGACUGAAUGCAAAAAUGAAAUAGUCCCAUUCGAAGUGGUUAAAGGUUUGAUUAGGGGAAAUUGUCAGUGGGAGGGAGGUUUCAAGUUGUUUGGCUAAAAUCUUAGUUAAUAUUUUAUAAUUCAAUUUAGAAGGGAAAUUUGGCAGUAAGAGCUGCAAUCAAAGGAAUCAUUAUCCUUUUUCCUUAACGUCCCUGGAGAGCGAUGUUAACAGCCUGUUCAAGAGACAGAAUGCCCCCUUCACCCUAAAGCACUGUGCUGAUCAGCAGUCUCCAGUGUUCAGACAUUUUUAACAACUCACUGGAGACAUGCCAUGUGCCAGCCUGCUUCAAGACCUCCACCAUCAUCCCCAGCCCCAAAAAACCAAGGACCACAGGACGCAACUACUACCAAUCCAUCAAUGUGACCUCUGCAGUAAUGAAGUCUUUUGACCACCUUGUACUGUCCCAUCUCAAAACCAUCAUGGACCCACUCCUAGACCCCCUUUGUGGAUUUCAGCUCUGCCUUUUAAAAUCAUCAUCCUUGCCCUGCUGCAGGACAAGCUCUCCUAGCUGCACGUGCCUGACUCAAGCUGUAGAUGGACUUCCUGUCUGACAGGAAGCAGCAUGUGAAGCUGGAGAAACUUGUCUCUGACUCCCUGACCAUAAGCACCAGUUCCCCUAAAGGCUACAUCCUCUCUCUACUUCUGUUCUCCUUGUACAUCAACAGCUAUACCUCCAGUCAUCAGUGAGUCAAAGGUCGCAGAUGACACCACCCUCACUGGGCUCACCUCUGGUGGGGAUGAGACCAUGUACAGGAGGGGGAUUGACCAUCUGGUGACUUGGUUUUGGACAAAACAACUUGGAGCUCAAUGCCGUAAAGACAGUGGAGAUGAUUAUGGAUUUCAGAAGGAGCACAGCUCUACCUGCCCCCAUCACCCUGUGUGACUCCCAAGAACCAUCAUCAGCCAGGACCUCAAGUGGGAGCAGAACGUCAGCAGCCUCACCAAGAAGGGUCAGCAGAGGAUUCACUUCCUGCAGCAGCUGAGGAAAUUCAAACUGCUUAAGUCAAUGGUAGUGCACUUCUACACUGCCAUCAUUGAGUUCAUCCUCACCUCCUCCAUCACCAUCUGGUACACUGGUGCAACUGUCAAAGACAAGGGCUGAUUGCAGCAUAUCAUCCGAUGGUAAUCUUUUGCUUUUGAGUGACUCUACAAAUACCAGUGACAGGAAUGGGGUCAGGAUGUUAGAGAAUGUCUUAUAAAACUUGAUCAGUAGAAUGUCCAGUCCUGGGGUUACCACUACUAAGGGAAGAGACUGCAGAAUAUAUCUCUUGAGAAGUUAUAUCCCUCUCCAGCUUCUCUCAAUUAGCCUGGUCAACUGGGGAUCUGCAAAAAAAAAGCAUCAAAUAAAUCUGGGUCCUGGGCUGAUGCCAAGGAAUAUAUGGAGUAGAACUCCAUGAAGCUCUCCCUGAUUUACUGUCACUUUCUCUGAAGAGGUUCUAAUUGCUGGGAAUAAUCAGGAUGCUUCUAUUUUAUGAAUCUGGUGGGCAAGGAAUUCACUACUUUUGUCACCCUGCUCAUAUAUAUUUUGUAUUCAGCCCGCAUGAGUAAUUUCUUUGCUUGAUUGGUAGAAAGUUCAUCAAACUCAGCUUGCAAAAGUAGACGCUGAGAUCUUGCAACGGAGAGUUUGCAUAAGAUUCAUCAAGGGAGGAUAUGAAUUGACACAGUUCAUUUAGUCUUCGACCUUGUGAUCUUUAACGAUGGGCUGAGAAAGAUAUAAGAAUUUUCUGUAUUUCUGCAUAAAUAUGACCUAAAACGUGAUCAGAUAUUUACACAAUUCCGAAAACUAG